AUGUUUACGCGGAAAUUCUUCAGUUCUAUUGAGAACAAUUCGAGACAUGUGCUUCAAACCGUUAGUUUUCAAAGGAAUCGUCCGUUCUGUACUGGUAUUUCCCUUCAAGCACCAAAUACACAGAAUUCCAGCGUGAGGAAAAAUGCCGGAUUCCAAAGACGGAGCGAUUCGUUUAUCCCACCUUUUUUAGUACCAAACGUUACUGAGGGUCAGGUAUACUCUCCAAGUGAUUUAAAGUUUGAAACGGUGGAAGCAAGAAAUCAAGGCAAUUUCUUCAAUCCCAAAAGACACGACUGCUUUAAAGCAGCCAACCGGAGCCCACUAGAAUUUUGGAAAAAUCCUGUUGUAUUGUCUAAUUUCAUAACUGAAUUGGGCCGUAUUAAGCCGAGAGCCGACACGGGUCUGAGUGCAAAGAACCAAAGGCUUGUAUCGAGGGCCAUUCGUCGGGCCAGAGCAGUGGGCGUCUUACCUACCAAACACAAAUCGGUAUAUGCAGAACGAGAGAAAUAA